AUGGCAUCUAUUCUAUCAGCACAUGAAAUCGGCGAAGGCCUUCCCGUUUUGAUCAUUCACGGAUGGGAGAUGGACGGAAGAGUCGAGGAAAUAGACUUUGAGCCCAUUUUCAAUAAAAUAUCGGGACUUCGACGGAUCUAUGUAGAUCUUCCAGGCAUGGGCAAAACACCUGCCCAUGAUGUCAAGAAUAUGGACGACAUAUACCAUCGCCUGGUGCAAUUCAUCGAUUCUCGACUUGGGCAAUCGAGAUUCCUACUUAUCGGCACAUCAUGCGGUGGCUACCUUGCGCGUGCGAUCGCUCAAAAAUAUACUGCACAAGUCGAUGGCCUACUAUUACGCGUACCGCUUAUUGAGCCAGCGGACAGCAGACGCGAUCUCGAUACUUUCGAACCUUUAGUUGCAAACGAGCAACUCAUGUCGAACAUGCCAUCCGAAGACAGGUCACUUCUUGGAGAUGUUCUCGUUCAAACGCCUGCAUACGUCAAAGCUCUCAAGGCAAAAUAUGAGGAGGCUGUCCUCCCAGCAAUGAAAGCAGCAGAUAAUCAAGUGCUGGAUCCGAUCCGGGCAGAUCCAAAUCGAUAUCAGCUAUCCUUCUCAUUGGACCAUGAAAACGCAAAGUUCUUUGCACCCACACUUAUUGUAUGCGGUCGGCAAGACGGGACCGUGGGCUAUCGAGACAGCCUUCGCUUGCUGGAGCUCUAUCCACGAUCAACCUAUGUUGUUCUCGAUCGUGGUAUCCAUGGCUUUCCUGUCGAUGAGACUGGUGUUUUCGAAUCUCUUGUUCGUGAUUGGGUAACCCGGAUUGAUGAAUGGCGAGGUUGCACGGAAAGAUAA